AUGUACUCAGAGAAGGGUACUCGCGACUUUAACAUCAUACCGGUCGAAAAGUUCAACCAAUGCAUUUCGAAAAAACUUGGUUUUGGUGAUUGGCUCGAACUAGAGGAGGUUGAAUAUAUCGAUCCGACAAACGUUAAAAGGAACUGGGAACUGUGUCGAAGAAAAAAAAAGUCUAAACAUGACGUUGAUGCAAUUGAUAUCCAUGCAAUAAUUAAAAAUAUAAAUUCUCCUCAAAUCAUUUUGGUGGUUCAAUAUCGACCGCCCGUUGGAAAAUAUUGUAUUGAAUUUCCUUCAGGGUUAAUUGACCCAGAAGAAUCAAUAGAAGUAGCUGCGCUUCGUGAGCUUCGUGAAGAAACAGGCUACACAGGUAAGAUACAAAGUAUAUCGGAUCCCAUAUGUUACGAACCGGGUUUGUCAAGUUCCAUGACAAGGAUUGUUGAUGUUGAAGUCGAUUUAACGAAUGAUUCUCCUACGCAAAAUCUGGAAGAUGACGAAUGGAGUCUGCAAGUAAUUAAAGUUCCUAUAGAAAGUCUAUACGAAAAAUUACAGGAAUUACAGAAACAACAUUCUGAAAAUUUAUUAAUUGAUAGUAGACUAUACACCUAUGCAUAUGGACUACAUGCUGCAAAGGAUCUGCUCUAUUGUAAAGCGAAUAAUAAUAAUUAA